AAAGCUCCUGCAUGCAUAGCUCAUACGCCACCUACUGCAAAGCCCAGCUGACAGCGCAGGCGAUGCUGCCACCGGCAUUUCCACUUCUCCAGCAGGCUGGGCUGGAAUAAAGGCGUGUUUGUGUGCUGGUGUUGCUUUUCUAAAAGCAAAAUCUUGAAGCAGCCAAGAAGAACAAGCUGAAAGAGCAUCUUGAAAAUGGAGCGCAAAAUAAUCAGAAGAGAAAAAGAAAGGGAGUAUGAAGGGAAACACAACAGCCUGGAAGAGACUGACCAAGGCAAGAACUGCAAAUCAACAUUGAUGACCCUCAACGUUGGUGGCUAUUUAUAUAUUACUCAAAAGCAAACACUGACCAAGUACCCGGACACUUUCCUUGAAGGAAUAGUGACUGGGAAAAUUCUCUGCCCAUUCGAUGCUGAUGGCCAUUACUUUAUAGACAGGGACGGGCUCCUCUUCAGGCACGUUCUAAACUUCCUACGAAACGGAGAACUUCUAUUGCCCGAAGGCUUUCGAGAAAAUCAACUUCUUGCCCAAGAAGCAGAAUUCUUCCAGCUCAAGGGACUGGCCGAGGAAGUAAAAUCCAGGUGGGAAAAAGAGCAGCUCACACCCCGGGAGACUACUUUCUUGGAAAUAACAGACAACCACGAUCGUUCGCAGGGACUGAGGAUCUUCUGUAAUGCUCCAGAUUUCAUAUCAAAAAUAAAAUCUCGCAUUGUUCUGGUGUCCAAAAGCAGGCUGGAUGGAUUUCCGGAGGAAUUUUCAGUAUCAUCAAACAUCAUUCAAUUCAAAUACUUCAUAAAGUCUGAAAAUGGCACUCGACUUGUAUUGAAGGAAGAUAACACCUUUGUCUGCACCUUGGAAACUCUUAAGUUUGAAGCUAUAAUGAUGGCAUUAAAGUGUGGUUUUAGACUGCUGACCAGCCUGGAUUGCUCCAAAGGGUCAAUUGUUCACAGCGAUGCACUUCAUUUUAUCAAGUAAUUACCUGUCUCAGGAACAAAGACAACAAGCAUGCAGCCAGCAAGCUUCGGGAAACCACAGCAUUAAAGACAUCCCAAAACAACAUGACCAGCCAGCUCGGUACUCCAGAGCCCUGCUGCUAAUCAAGUACUGUGAGCCAAUGGUAUGUAAAUUCUAAUGAUGUCCUCCCUGGGGUGUCCCUGCCCAUCAGGCUUGUCCACUAAAAGUGAAAACAGUAGUCUCCUAUUCACUGUAAAUAAAAGACAAUGCUUUUGCUAUUUGUUUAGUUUUUCUUAAGCUGUCUUUUCAUCAGAAUGUCUUGGGUACUUGCUCUCCCCCACACAAAUAAAAAGCAUGUAUACUAUCUAUUGCUCAUUAAAGUAAAUGACAACAAAAUAUAUUAAGGUUUUAAAUCUUUUCUACUAUGGCAACAACCUACAGAAACUGAACUGGCAUAAUUAAGCACUGAGAGCAAAAUACAUAUGCAGGUCUACCUAAACCAGGGCUGUGGUGAAGCUAAAUGAGAAUGUAAAAAGGUAUGAAAGCUAGUGAUUUGAGUUUUAAUAGCAGGCACCAGAAGCUUUACUAUCAUUACUGUAUUUCAUAUUGGAGUUAUAACUGAAUUGAUAUUUUGCUGAAGAUUCCCAGAAAACUGUUUGGUGGUAAUUAAAAACUUAAUAAAAUUA